AUGUCAAAACCAAAGAGUUUAAGAUAUGAAAGGGCAAUUGAGACAGGAGUUGAAAUAUUAAGAAAUGCAUUAAAUAAGAAAGAAAAUGAGAUAAGAAAUUCAUUAUUGGAGCUUAAGGAAAAUGAGUUACAAUUGAAAAAAAGGGAAUCAAAUUUGGCAGAGUCUUUGAGAGUUUUGGAACAGGAGAAAAAAAACAAUGAGUAUUUAAGAGUGGUGAAUGCAAAAACUGAGAAGAUAUUUAAUUCUGCAAUAGAAAGCUUAAGGUUAAAAGAAAAAAAAAUGAUAGAUAGUUUGGAUUCGAUAAUUAACGAGUUUAAAUUAGAGCCAUCUGAUCCUGAUGAAAAUAUGGAUAUUGUUGGCAAAUUGGAGUUGCUUAGAAAAUAUUUAAGAAAGAUCCAAAGAAACGAGUCCGAAUUUUUAGAAUACACAAAGAAAAUUCAAGCUGAAAAGUUUGGUAAAUCUACUGGAAGAUGUAAAUGUGGGUAUCCUGUUUUUAUUAUUAAUGGAGAAGUUGUUGCGGGAAGUUCAGUAUUUGGUUCAAACUUCGAUGGAGACCCAGAAAUUGUAGAGCUGGAGUUUAAAUCUAUGGAGCUCGACUGGGAAAGAAGGGCUUUAGAACACACUAGAGAAGCUCUAAGGCAGGAAAAGUUGAAACAAGAAGAGAUUUUACAAAGCAGAGAGGAGAAGAUCAGGUAUAAGAGCGAAGAGCUAGAGACUAGACUACGUGAGGUAAAGAGAAUGGAACAUAUUUUAAAUUUAAGAGCUUUAGAGAGAGAAAAAAAUGUAUCUACUGGUAAUAACUUGCAUUCAAACCCAAGUUCUGCAUCAUCCAAUAGAAGGGGAAGGAAUGGAUCUCGGACUGGUAGAAACAGUUGUCCUGUACGUGUACAAAAAGAGAGCCAAAACCAUUUAGGGGUAAAUUAUGACUCAGGUAUUGGCUCAAAUUUUGAUAAAAAUAGGAAAAAACAACAGAAAGAAGAGGAGUGUGGUUUUAACUCAUUUAAUGAUAAUUCUAUUACUAUUAAUAGAGCUAAUGAUGGUUGCGACAGGAGUAGAGACUUGAAUAAUAAUUACGGAUCUGGUUCUGGAUCUAGAUCGUUCUCCCAGAUGGAAGCCUUAAAAACGGAACAAGCAAGAGUUAAGAGUUCGGAAACCCCUCCUUCAGAAGAAUAUGAACUUUACUCACUUAGCCAAAGUGAUAAUGAAAUUCUCUUCACUUCUCCGGGUUACAAAUUAAGCCCAAGUAGAACUACUAGGAGAAGAUUUAUUGGUAAAAUAACUGGCUCAGAUGAAUCCACUUCAAAGAAAGAAGUAAAUUCUCUGGAUAAUGCUGGGAAAGUUACAAAUGAUAUAAAUUUCUCACACGAAACUAUUAAGAACAAUUUUUCUGACUUUAAUAUGGGAAAUAAUUCUUCUUUAGAAGUUACUCCAAAUGACUUACGUGGUAAAAGUUUCAAUGACAGCUCAGAAAGGUUAAUACCUCCCAGGAUGUCUCCUUUACUAAGAAGUCAAAGACAAAGGCUCAAGCAAAUUCUUCAGGAAGAAAACGAAGAUAAUGAUGAAAACUAUGCCAGAAAUUCGCUUGGAACAGACUAUAAAACAUCUAGUUCAGCAGAUGUUGACUACGAAACUUUUGAAAUAAAUAACUCCUACAAAUUAAUGUAUUCAACUCCUAAAUAA